AUGAGCUGUAGGGGACAAAAGAGGAAGGCCGGUGGGGAGGCAAGGAGGCGCACAGCCGGGUUCGCAUUCGUUCUGUUGGUGGCUCAUCUAGCAGCAGCCCGACACCACACGGCCUCGGCAAGCGCUACUACUGCCAUCGGCGGGGAAAACGGCGUUGGUGUUUUCGGCGGUUCUUCUCGGAAAGGAGGCGUGCUGUCGCGGUCCCUUCAGGAGGAGACGCCUUCCCCUUCCCCGGGAGCAGAUGAUGAGGAGACUCCCGUUGAAACCCCGACUCCGGUCGCGGAGACAGAUGGAGGAGAAACUCCUUCUCCCGAAGGGGAAGGAGGCGAGACGGUUGAAACGGCUGCACCGGUGCCCCAGGAGGCUAGUGUAGAAGAGACACCGACCCCGGUGCCGGAGGAAGAGGGGGCGUCUGACGCCCCUACCGACGGGGCUUCUGAAACGCCUGCCCCGGUGGCAGGGGAGGAGGGGACGCCAGAGACCCCAACCCCGGUGGUGGAGGGAGGAAGCGAAACGCCCGCGCCGGUGGCAGGGGACGAGGGGACGCCAGAGACCCCAACCCCGGUGGCGGAGGGAGGAAGCGAAACGGCCGCCCCGGUGGCAGGGGAGGAGGGGACGCCUGAGACCCCGACCCCGGUGGUAGAGGAAGGAACUGAAACGCCUACCCCGGUGGUGGAGGAGGGGACGCCUGAGACCCCAACCCCGGCGGAGGAAGGAACUGAAACGCCUACCCCGGUGGUGGAGGAAGGAACUGAAACGCCUACCCCAGUGGUGGAUGAGGGGCCGUCUGCGGCCCCCACCGGAACGGCUACCCCCCUUGAGACGUCAACCUCCCCCACCGCUGGCGCAAGUGACCCUGUUGCACCGUCCACGUGCUCGAACGGCAUCCCCGGGGUCAGCGACGGCGACGUUUGCUGCUUGGAGGCCUGCGGGCAGUGCGGGGGGGAGGGGUGCGGCGCUAUCGCGGGAACUAACGGGGCCUCCGACUGCUGCCCGGACACGAUCAAGGAGGAGUCCGGCGGAGUGUUCUGCGGGGAAGCACCCUGCGUGAUGGCGGGAUUCACCCCAUCGCCGCUGAACCCGGCCUUCGACGGAACGGCUGCUCCUGUCGCUCCUUCGACGUGCUCCAACGGGAUCGCUGGAUACCAGGACGGAGCCAUCUGCUGCUUAGAGAUCUGUGGCAGGUGCGGCGGGGACGGUUGCGGUACCAUCCCGGGGACUGGUGGCUCGGACAACUGCUGCCCUUCGACCAUCCUCGCAGCGGGAGUGGUCUGCGGUGAGGCCCCGUGCAUCAUCGAGGGAUACACCCCUGCACCUGCCGUUGUCGGCGGCGGAACCACGGCUCCGUACGGAACUUCGACGUGCAGCAACGGGAUUCUGGGGUACCAGGAUGGCCCUGCGUGCUGCGCGGCAAACUGCGGGCAGUGCGGAGGUGGGGGCUGCGGUUCUGUACCCGGCACGGCCGGUGCUUCUGCAUGCUGCUCUUCGGACGUAGAGCUGGCGGGAAAUCUGUGCAGCGCGACAGGGGUAUCGCCGUGCGUGAUCGACAACUACACCCCUGCGCCCGUCGUGCCCGACUACGGAUCCGCUGCGCCCGUCGUGCCCAGCAAUUGCAGCAAUGGACUGCCCGGCUACCAGAAUAACGACAUCUGCUGCCUCGAGUCUGGCCUGGUGAGACAAACUUUUUUUUUUUUUUGGUCUUGACUUCGAAUCAGCGCUCACAGCACUAUUUAGUGUCGUUUACUCCAACCUGUGGUCACACAGAAGAGCCCCUCUCUACCCUCCCCUCCUGCGGUACGUUGCCUUCAAUUUUUAAUGCGAGAAGAGUUCAGCACUCUCUUCCCUCUGUGUACACACGAACUAGCGCUAUCCACUAGGCCAGGAGCGGAA